UCUCAUCACCAGAGCUGACCUGAGAACACACCGGUUAAUCAUCCACUAACCGGUAGAGAGACACAGGACGGAUCCGCCACCUGAAGAAAAGACACUCAGAGAAACCAGCCGUUGAGUCAAAGCUGAAUAAUGUGAGGAAGGAUCCACUGGGCAGUUCGGAUUUGGGGACCUACACCUGAGAGUGGAUCACACACAGAUCUGCGUCCGAGGCCUGAAACUCCUCCUGUCCUUCGGGGUUUGUUUGUUUUCUUUGGCGAUAUGCGCCCCCUGCAAGAGCCGUUCUGCUUGUGGACCCAACCAUGGCUGUGAGAGGGGGCCGCGUGGGGGCCCGGCCUCGCCUGGGAUGCCAGCUGCAGCAGUGAAGCCCACUCUGGAGGAGAUAGUUCCAGAAGGAGGGGGGGUCGGCGAGUCCCGGCGGGAAGUCUCGGGGCUGCCCCUGCCCUCCCUGACGUUCACUAGGGAGCUGCUGAGGAGCUUCCCCCACACCAAGCGGGUCGGGUCCUACCUGAUCGGGAAGAUGAUCAACAAAGGCUCCUUCGCUAAGGUGAUGGAGGGGCUGCACAUCGGCACCGGCGAGAAGGUGGCCAUUAAGGUGAUAGACAAGAAGAAAGCACGCCAAGACUCCUACGUGCUGAAAAACAUGAAAAGGGAACCUCGAAUCCAUCAAAUGGUCCGACACCCUCACAUUGUGGUUCUUCUGGAGACCCUGGAGACGGAGAACAGUUACUACAUGGCCAUGGAGCUGUGUGCGGGAGGAGACCUGAUGGACAGGAUCUGCGACCGGAGGAGGCUGGGAGAGAGGGAGGUGCGGCGCUACACCCGGCAGAUCCUCUCCGCGGUGGAGCACCUGCACAGACACGGCAUUGUGCACAGAGAUUUAAAGAUUGAAAACUUCCUCCUGGACGAGCAUAACAACAUAAAAAUUGUAGACUUUGGCCUGAGCAACACUCUGAAGCCGGACUCUUUAUCCCCGGAGCUCCUCAACACGCAGUGCGGAAGUCCUGCCUACGCCGCGCCUGAGCUGCUGGCUCACAGGAAGUACGGCUCCAAAGUGGACGUCUGGUCCAUAGGCGUGAGCAUGUUUGCGAUGCUAACGGGAACCCUGCCCUUCACUGUCGAGCCUUUCAACAUCAAGCAGCUGCACCAGAAGAUGGUCAAUAAGGACAUUAGCAACAUCCCUGGUGACAUCAGCAAAGACGCCGUGUCUUUCAUGAUGCUUCUCCUGGAGCCAGACCCAGAUAAGAGACCCAGCAUCAGAGAGGCGAUGGAAGAGAGAUGGAUCAGCGAGGGAUAUGCCAAGAAACCGCUACACACACUCUCACAUAAAAACAGGUUGUGUCCGGAAGACCUCAACUCAUCUGUGCUGGCUCACAUGACAGAGACACUGGGUUAUUCCCUUUCUGAAGUCAUCAACGCGGUCACCAGCAAUAGACCCUCUGCCGUCAUGGCCUCCUAUCACCUGCUGCUCAACAAGUUCAACAGGAGCCACAAGGGGUCCAAGGCUAGCAAGAAGCUCGAGAACGACUGGACACUUCCGAGCAAAACGACAUGGAGAAACAGAAGCAACACUGAAACAAAGACUCAGCAACAGAACUCACCGAAAAGAGAGAAAAGCUUGAAGCAGUUCAACAAGUCGCCCAAGGUCCAGCAGACCAGCAGAAGUCUGAACAGGAGGAAGACCACGGAUUUGCACAGGAAGGGCCACCGUGAGGAUGACGAGAACUGUCCGCCCUCUCCCGCUCUGCCCCGCCUUCCCCGCUCUGCUUCACCCCCUUUGCCCUCUGACCCUUCCUCCCCCGAACCUCUGUCCGCAGAAGACGGGGCGACUGAUGAGGAGGUGACCAUUUCUAUCAACACCAGGGAUACGUUGUUUCCUGAAGUGUCGGUGUUUGGAGACAGGGAACUCGUCCACGCUUCCCCUCCGAAAAGCUCAACAUCGCAGCUCUGUGACUCCGCUCCCUGCCAUGUCCCCUUACCAGCCGAGCCAACCAGAGACGGCGUCGCGUCCAGACCGAUCCGACACUCCCACCCGCUCAGGACAACGCAGUCGGACGGCGCGGCGGACCCAGGGUCGGACUGCUUCCGGGACAAGUGCCACCAGGAUAACUCCCACUGCCUGAGCGUCAACGAGCGGCUGGAGAAGCUGCAGGCGUUUUACUCUCCCGAGAAAAACUCCAUCUCUCCCGGGAUCCUCCUGGAGACCGGACCCGUACUCUCCGUGGACAGAGGGCAGCUGGGUUCCACCAGGAUCGCACAGGCGUCCCCCUCCGCUCGCCUGCCUCGCCUGCGCAAUGUUGGGCCUAAAGACGGCCGAGGGAGGAAGGUGAUGUGGGCGGGUCUGAGUCAGCCUGGACCGCCUAGGCUUCUGGUGAACGGGUCGAAACCACCGGUUUUCCCUUCGCAGAGACAACAUACUUUGAUCAUAAAGAGCCUCAGGCAGGAGAGGGGAAGGAGGAAAGAGCUCACCUCGGCGGGGGAAGGUGAGCCGGCGGGUGAAGGGAUUGAUGGCGACAAGAGGAACUCUGUUCAGUUGCGUUCUGAACAACGGCGGGUGGCGGACCUGAACCUGCCGCUGCUUCCUGUGGCGCUGCAGGGGAAAGAUGUCAGGAAGAACCAGCUACAUAGCAUGGACUACUGAGACUCGGUCCGACUGGAGCGGCAGAGUCAUGGAAAGUUCAAGGAAAGCUGGUGGAAGUCAAAACAGUAGUCAAUAACAGUACAGCCAGAGACAACUGCAACAAACUACCAUAAAUGGCAGCUAUAGAAGUGUACAGCCUUAAAGCUAUGUUCUUAUACUGUUCUAUUCAUGCCACACUCAGAGGAGCCCAUCCUAGAUAAACACCAUUCCGUUUGUUUGUCUUCAGCUGCAGUGCCAAAAAUACUCCAGCUCAUACCUCAACUGCUGGAUUCAGUCUCUAAAAGACCGGGUUCGGUUUAAGUCAUGGGAAACGUCUCCAACGUUUCCAUUCCCUCUUCCCAUCAGACUGCAGUUCAGAGUUUGUUCUGACCUUUUGGUUUCCUUACACAGAAUCGGAAGCUAAGAAAGUAGACGACACAAGAAAAAUAAAGAAUGUAAUGUCGCCUAAAACAUUUCCUA